AUGUCGAACCCUCCCCCGUUGCCUCCUUCGGAAGGCAUCGAUGCAGAGGGGAGAGACUAUGCGUCCCACAUCGAGGCCAUCCACGCCAGGAUGGCUGAGCUGGAAGUCAUGGCUGCAGCUCAGAACGUUACAGUCCUGGACUUGGCGGCUCAGCUCGACCAGACUAUUCAUCAGGCUCAGCAGCCUCAGCCACCGCCAGCCAUCAACCUUCCUGCUCUUCAGGUCGUGCUUGCAUCCGCUCCGGCUGGACCCCGCGCAGCAGCGCAGAACUUCGUCACUCAUGCAGCCGCCUUGCAGAGCCGCUUUCAAAGCCUCAGCUCCACGCAAGAUAUCGCCUACGAUCUGGGUCUCCUGCCUGUGCCCUUUGCAUCCGUCCAUCCAAAGUGGCUCUCAGACCCUCGCGGGUUCCAGUACCAUGCCACUCGAAUUGGUGGCCCAGCCUUCGGUAACUUGGUCGGCAGCUCUGAGCGCGGUCUCACCGCCGCUGUUGGCGAGGUUGCGGAGAGGGAGCGCAACGGUGUCCCGACUCCCGGUUCUCAGUCCUCGAACGCAAACCCUCACUCGUCUAAGUCUGAUCACGGGGAAACCGACGACGACGCGACCAUCCCCGAUGUCAACGUCGAAUCGUACUUGACGGAACCGCCCAACACAUCGGGGCCCAACGGUAAUGCCCCAAUCACCAAUCAGCCUCCAACAGGAGCUUCUUUCGACGCUGGCUCCACCUUGAACGGGUCCGCCUAUCCCACACACGCGGAUGAGAACCCUGUCACCCAGGACAAGCAUUCCCAUGUGGCGGUUGUUAAUGGUGGAGCAGGUUCUAGUCCAAUCGCCUGUUCUUCCCAGUCCACAGCGGUGUCCACUGAAGCUCAAUCUGCCGCGUCUCAGUCUGCUGCCAUUUCCGCAGGUGCUACGCACGCCGGUCUUGUAGCUGCCUCCACUCAGCUCAAUGAGCCAACUACACAGUCAUUCGCCUCCUCUUCGCAUGGACAGGGUCGGUCCCGAAACCACCAGCUUCAAUCACCCGCUGUUGACAACCUUCAAUCCACGCACAGCGACGACGGCCGACCGAACACUGCCCGACGCCGUCUUCGUCCAUUGGCUUCCCGUCCAUCGACCCCGGUUGCCUCCCACUUAGCCGUCCCAACCCCCGGCUCAUUCGAGCAGAACGGGUCUGAGCCCGUCGAGCCCAAGCUUGGUAACAAGAGAGCACGUGCGGAACUCCAGGCGCCGCUCGCUUUGGGAAUCUCAAGGGUCGCGCCCCAACAUAACCAGCGUGCACCGGUGCCUCAGGCUAUGCCGCAAUCCCAAGGGCAGGGUUACUCUCAACGUCGUCUCUGGCCUCCUUCCUGGCCUCAUCAGGGCCAGAGUCAGCCUCCUUCGAACCUCCGAUCCUUGCAGAUCUCUACUGAAGCGAACCUCAUGCCUCAGACGCCUCAGACGCCUCAGACGCUUCAGCCGUUUGUCCAACCCCCGCCACAGGUCCGCCCGGCUGCUCUUCCAGGCCUUGAGCCGGAAGGAGGACUGCCACUUGUCCAGUCCCAAGUCUGGACCGGAGCCAUGCGUGGUCAUCUUCGCAUGGUCACGCUCUACAUCAGCGGUCAAAAGGAUGACCGCACAUUCGUUGUGCGCGUCGAGUUCCGCAACAUGAAAACCGUCAGGCGCUCGGAAGCCUGGGACUUUGACAACUACGUCAUCGACACGUACGAGGACUGUGAAGCUCAGGUGUCCCGCACCAGCGACCUAGACUGCACCUGGUACUCGGCCGUGUUUCGCGGCCCGAUCACCCUGUGGGAGAGCAAGAGCAUCAAUAGCGUCCGUCCUCCUGUUGCGGUUGCAACUCAGGUUCCUCAGCCUGCCUUCGAGGACUACCGAUGGCGGGAGUAG